UUUAAAAAUUUUAAUUUUACCGCUACCAUAGUUAAAAUCGUAUCGAAUUCUGAGUCUUAAUACUCGAUAAGAAAUAAUCGAUAAUGAAUGAUCUCGUAGCACUUUUCAUGAGAUAGGUUCCUAUGUGUGAACUACGCUUUGUGCUUGAUUUGUCAAUAAUUGAGGAUAAAGUUAAAUGCCGGAUUAAUUCGUUCGGCAUAAUUUAAAUAAAUUUGAAAAGGAAAAGAAAAAUCUGAAAACGAUGUGGCGUGUCUCAAAAUUGGCUCUUUGGGCCGAAGCCUUCUUUGUUCAAAUGAAAGUAUUAAUACCGAAGGUUGAAACGGUUUAACCGCGGAAUAUUUUCGUCGAGUACUUUUUAAUACUUUUUCUUGAAAUUAUAAGUCUUUUUAGAAGGAAAUUCUUCUCGAUAUUUCAUUUCUUUCAAAAAUGGCAUCACAGAGUCAAAAUGCUAUGAAUAUAAGUUCAACUAUUUCACCGAUGAAUGGAUCAUCCGGAUCGUCGACGACCAUCUCGGUCUGUACUACGAAGAUGCAAUCUCUUACUUCUACACAAUCUUCACAAUCCUAUCAACAACAUUCAUCUCCAUCGUCGUCACCAUCGCCGUCGCCGUCACCGUCACUAAUACAACAGCAUCAGACUCUACAAUCUAAUAAUAUAGAAGCAAUUGAUAAAAAUUCCUCCAAUACAUUAAAACGUAAUCCAAAAAUGGAAUUAAACAAAACUGAUUUAUUAAAACUGUUAGGGCAUCUUGAAGGAGAAUUACAAGCAAGAGAUAUUGUAAUAGCAGUAUUAAAGUCCGAAAAAUUGAAACAUCUGUUAAGUACUCGAUAUCUGAGUGGAACAUCAGAUCCACAUGCUGCACUUGCUCGUGAUGUCGUUCUAGUAGGUGGUAUGAAUGAACAUGAACCAAAUCAAAUAAAUAAACAAGUUGCUACUUUAGAAGCACUUGUAACACAACAAAGAUGUAUGCAGUUUAAAAUGGCCAAAGUUCUUAAAGAAGCAGAACUUAGGCAUAGAGCAGUUAUUAAAGAAUUAGAAGAAGAAAAACGAAAACAUGAACAUGAUACUGCCCAAGGUGAUGAUAUUACAUAUGGAUUGGAGAAGGAAAGAACACGAUUGAAAAAAGAAUUAGAAUUAGAAAAACAAGAAAAAAAAAGACUGGAAUUAGAAUUAAAAAAAGCAAAUGAGACUUUAGAAGAAGAAAAAACUCGACAGAAACAAAUAGUACUUCUUUUACUUGCUGAACGUAAAAAGAUAAUUAUGAAGUAUAUAGAAGAAAGGAAAAGAUCCGAAGAUUUGGCACAGAUAUUAAGUGAAGAAAAAGUUCGAGUAGAUUCUAUGGCUGAAGGGCUUGAAGAGGAAAGUAAAAAAUCAUUGCAAAUGGAAGCAGAAUUAGAGAAACAACUUGCACAAUUUGAUAUGGAAAGACAACAAUAUAAGCAAGCUUUAGCAAAGGAAGAAAAAAGAGCUAAAGAUCUCGAAUUAGAAUUAGAUAAACUUAGAAGUGAAAUGGAUAUGUGGAAAGAGUCUCAAACACGAGGUUCUCCAAGAGGAGUGGGUACAACUCCACCACCUCCUCCAGCCAAACCAGCUAAUUUAGUUGCUAUGCCUACUGUUAAACCUGCUAAUGUAACACAGACAAUUAAAGGUACAGUGCUGGGCACUGGGACGCCAAUGGUUAGUAGUAAAGUUGUUCAGCCCACUGCCACGGUAUCUAGUGUUCCUGUCAGCGGUCCAACUACUGGGAUAGCUAGAUCAGUAACUCCUGGACAGGCAUUACGCGGGGUCACGUAUACGUCCAAUAUUACGUCUUCUACUGGUGAAACUACGAUAUCUUCUGAAAAUCAGGCUGUAGACAAACGUGGGGUUGUACCUGCUCCUGUAAAUGCUGGAGGCACGGUAAAACUUAUACCAUCGACACAAACUGCAGGAAAGCUUGGUUUUCAUGUCGGCUCUGGUUCGACGAUUCAAACAUCUGGUAUGCUGCCCUCGAAAAAGCCACCAGUAUCUCGCGGUGUUCCUCCUCCAGUGCCACCGAAUAAACCGGUAGUACCACCUAAAAAGGAGGCUGCUUAUAUUAGAAGGACUGAAUCGCAGGCAACACAGGACGCCGUAAAACUUGGUAAACAAGCUGCGGCGCAUCCUACUAGUGGAUCUCCUGCUCCGCAAGUCCAACAGGCAAUAGGAGCUUUUACUCAAUCCUCCGAUGAAGAGACAAAACCACGUUGAUUUAACGGCGGGUACAAAAAAGAGUAAGCAUUAGUAACGUUUAAGAAAGUCUGAAAGCCGUGUUAACACGGAUAAAACUUGGGGUAUCGUGUUUUGGAACUACGCAACGCGGGAUAACCCAUUAAAACAACGUUUCUGAAUCAACGAAAGAAACGUAUAUGCUCGAACUACUUGUUCAUCGAUUGAUUAUUCGUCGCGUAUCAUUACCUAUUAUUAUUAAUUCUCGUCGAAUGAAUCUAUGGAUCCAUAGCGAUACAUCACCAUCAAAUCACGAAUCUUGCUUGUAACAUUGUACUAUAGUCGAAAUGAAUCGAAACGGAAUUAUUUGAACUAUUUAAGCUAGAUUCUGUAGAUUCUGUAGUUUAUUAUCCGCGAUCUUUCCGAAUUAACAUUAAAAGUCAUUAGAUAAAAUUAGUAUCGUUGUAACGUGCUAUUCGUAAGAAGGAACGAUACUGUUAACAGUGGACGUGAAUAAUAAAUGUUUAUGCAACAGGGAACUUUAGACCAUGUAAUAUGUUAAUAAAACAAAUACUUUUAGGUAGGGAAAGAUAUGGAAGGGUCAUUUAACGUUCGAUCGUCCAAUUGCAAAAUUAUUAUCUAUGCUUUUUUUCCUUUGUCCUCUGUAAUUUGAUUGAUUGAUUGAUUGAUUUUGACGAUUUUUUUUAUAAUCAUAUAUCGAAAAUAAACAUUUUUAAUAUACUAUACAAAUAAAAAUAUUUUAAUGAGCUUUCUUUAUAAAGUUUAUUCUAUUUUUCAUAAUUCGUUGAUAGAUUUUGAUUCAAACAUUUGAUUUUAUUUAAACAAUUGAUCGAUUUAACGCGAAAUGACCCAACGGUAUAUACGCUAUAAUCACUGCCUUGCCUGACGUAAUUGCAUCGCUAAUAUACCGACAUUAUGUCGGUGAUAAAAAAUGAUUUUGAACAAGUAGCGAAAGGAACAACUUAAUAUUUUGCAUCGUAAAAACUCGUCGAUUUUGUUUAUCGAAACAACUCAUUCGAAGAAUUACAAAUGAGAAUCAUCUAAUCGUUGUUCUUUUAACAAUAUCUAUAAGCAAAAUAAUAUUAUUCAAAAUUUACGCGAUCAUCAUAUCCAUUUGGAAGUCUUUUACAGAUAUCAUGACUAUUAAUAAUCAGAAAUCAAAGAUAACAUAAAAGCCAAUUUAUUUUCUAUAUUAUUUCUAUAAACAUAAUCAUUAAUUUGAGAAAAAAUUUUUCAAUGAUACAGGCUAGUCGUGCAAUCAUGUUGAAUAAUAGUAAUAAUCAAUGAUUUUUAUCGAUCUACAGUGUUUCGUAAGAUGCCGUUGUGUCAGGUCAGAACGAGUAAUAAUUUUUUAAUCAAAAGUAAGGUAAAAAUGUUCUUAAUAUUACUUAAUAAGAGACUCAUCUCCCUAUUUAUUAAACGUGCAAACAUGCCAAGUACUUACAUGUACGAUCGUUUGAGAAAUUUUCCUAAGUGAUCGUAGAAAAAUAUUAAGAAUAAUUUUCGGCUUUGAAAAUUCUUUACCCGACGUGUACGGUACAUCUUACGAAAUCCUCUGUACAAAUUUCGUUCCCACAAUGCAGAGUUUAUAACAAGGACAUGAAUAAAAUUAUUCGUUUGUACACAGUUUCUCUUGUAUAAAUUAUAAAAUGGAUGGAAUUAUGUUCUCAUAAAUGUAUGAAAUAAGUAUGUACAUACACACAGCUACACACAUACAAUCUUUUAUUUAUACUCAUUCACUUAAUCACACACGUAUA